GCGACCAACUCAGAGCGCCCUCGCUGUUGCACCUCGUGCCCCAGAAAUUGCGCUGCCCUUCGGGAAGCCCGCAGUUUUUGUGGCGACGCGGCACAAUGUCCUCAGACAGAACCAAUACAAGCCCAGAGGAGCUCCUCCUCACAACCAGCACGCGUACGAAGGCUGGUGGGGCAGCCCGAAGCAGCGAAGACCCCAAGUCGACGCAUGACAUGGGAGUAUAAAAAACGGUUCGAACUCGGAAGAAGCGUUGACUGGCACAGAGGGCCCGAAACGAGAGAGGGAGAGAGAGACAGAGAGAGGGAGAGAGAGAGAGAAAAACAAAUAGAGAGAGAGAGAGAGACAGAGCAGGGAGGACUCCUCUUGGAGGCCUGGGCAGGGGCCGAGACAGACCAGAAUGCAAGUUCUAUUCAAAUUGUUUUUAAAAACAAAAGAUUCAUCUGUGUAGGAGCUGCGCACGCAGCUCCCAGUCUACAACCCCUCUGUAUGGGAAGCCGGCGCAGCUCAGUCCCCACAGGGGCGGGCAGAAACGCCCGGCGCGAGGGGAGCGGGACGGGCUCGCGAGGAAGGUGCCGCGUAGCACGCGUCGCAAGCCACCGCCCAACUCCCAUGUGGGUGCGCGGGAGGAGGAGGAGGAGGAGGAGGAGGAGGAGGAGGAGGAGGAGGAGGAAGCGGAGGCGGAGGAGGAGGAGGAGGAGGCCGCCGCCCCGUGCGGCAUGUCCCCCGGGCUGGGCGGGCGCUCCCUGGGGCGUCGCUUCCUGGGGGGGGGGCCCAAAGCCUGCGGGGCGGGGGUCGCUUGGGGCUCCAUGAGCCGAUUGCAUGCUAAUUGCUGUGCGACAACCGACUGAAUGAUCGUGCGUGCAAGAAUUUCUCGGGAAGCAUGUCACCCUCACGGUGUCAUGCUCCUCCUACCAGUGCGAGCGGAUCCGAAAGAAGCCAGGACAGUACAGGCAUCGACGACCUGCCGACACGCCCUCCUAUUUAAACAAGAGCCAGUGUAGACAUUGGCUGCCAAAACGUCACGCCUAGGCCAAAAUGCUGUCUUUGAGCUCGGUGCCCGUACUCGUCUGCUCUAGAGUAUCGUCUACUAGAUAAGCGCCCGCUGCUGCCAGUGCUUCUGCGGAUGCGGCCACGAUGAACAUUCUAGGCAGCGCCUGCGCCAAAUCUAUGCUCCCUUCGAUGAGAGCAAGGGUAAGAGUGCAGAUCUGCUGACCGAAAGUGGAGGCACAGUUGAGAAACGACAUAUUCAAGGCGAUGCUCGAGGGCUUACCCUGCGACUCGUCGCGCUUGCUGAACGCCGCGACGAUGCCGAACGGAAUGGCGCUCGCGCCCGCGAACGGCAGACCACUGAGAUUGGCGCAGAGCAGGGCGAAGGCGCCGUCGUGCUGCACGAAGAACGCGGCCGCCGUGCUCGCCACAGCGCCAGCGCAAAUCAGCGCGGCGUAGAUCGUCAUCGGGCGCAUCCCGGUCUGGCGGAGGAGCGACAUCACUACCAGGGAGGACGCCAGAACAAACACCGCCUUGCUCUGCCCCGCGUGGGCAAACUGCCUGAGGUUGCAGCGGCAGGCGGGGACCAACUCGGGGGGGAAGCCUCGAGUUGGAAUCGGCGAUGCAUCGCCGAUUAGAUCGGCGAGGGGCCCCCGAGGCGGAAUUUCCGCACGCUCCUGGGCGGGGCGGCGGACGGGCGAGGAAGGAGCGAUUGGCGAUGACUGGGCGAGUGGGGUCGAUGCACCUCCCCCUGAGCCCAUCCCAGAGCGCAC